AUGAUCUCAGUCCUGAUCCUCUCCUAUGGUGGCCCUAAAGUCUUUAUUCUCACAGUCCCUGCAUCUACUUUCCAAGACUUGGAUGCUGUGGUCAGAACAUUCGCCAGUGAAGACUGGGGCAAAGAACUCAUUGAGAACCUCACCUCUCUCCAAAUCCCGGGCAGCCAGAACUCCCGUUGUGGUGUAUUGAGACCGGAACUCAGUCUGGGCGAUGCUCAAAAAGGAGAUCAUGGGGAAAAAAAUAAAGAGGGAGCUCCUGGCUACAAGGGAGAAAAGGGUGAAAGAGGAGAAUGUGGAUCCCCAGGAACAAAAGCGGAAAAAAAGAAAUGUAGUCACUUAACUAAAACAAAAGCUGUCCUGAUCAGUGCCAAGCCCUGCUUACAAUGGACCGGUUUGGAAUGUCCUCUUGGCCCUAUGGGACCACAGGGGCCUCAGGAACACAGUAAACAAACAAGAGAAUUAGGAGCUGCAGCCAAAGAUAGCAGUAGGAACAACAGUCGUGGGGAGCAAGGCUGUUUAGGUCCCUAUGGUCUUCCAGGACAACCAGGUGUUGGACAGCCAGGACCCAAGGAUGCUCAAGGUUGAGAAGGCAGAAUUGGAUUCCCAGGACCUCCUGGAAUUCAUGAGCCAGGAUUACCUGGACCACGUGGCCCUGAUGGUCUGCCAGGUGAGAAAGGUCUACCAGGAGAGGGCAUUCAAGGCCAAAAGGGUGAAAAAGGCUCUGAAGGUGCAGCUGCUCCUCCUGGACAGCCAGGUCAAUAAAUCAAAGGAGACAAGAUGAGGCACAGAGGUGAACAAGGCCAAGUAGGGCCACAGGGCCCAGCAGGACCAUCAGGAACAGGCAAUCCAGGAAGCCAGGGUAUACAGGGUCCCUAAGGAAAGCCUGGGGCUAAGGGAUCUAAAGGUUUUGGUCUGCCAGGUCCAAAGGGUCAAUCAGGUGAACCUGGACAAAAAGGAGAACCAGGACAUCCAGCAACUGGGGAGCAAGGACUUAAAGGAGACAUGGGUUUAUCAGGACUCCCAGGAGAAAGAGGGGUGCAGGGAGAUCCUGGGAAAUCAGGAAAAAAGGGAGAAAAGGGAGAUCAAGGUCCAAGAGACCCAGAAGUCCCUGGCAAAAGAGAUGUAGUCCAAAAGGGUGACCCUAGAGAAAAAGGAUCCCAAGGACUGACUGGUUCUAAAGGAGCAGAAGGCCCAGCUGGAUCAAAAGGUGAACGGGGAGAGAAAGGACUCCCUGGUGUCACUGGAUCAUCUGUUCGGGGACCUCCUGGACCAAAGGGGGAUCCAGGUCCUAGCAGGCUGAUGGGAGAUGAUGGACUUCCUGGAAAUUCAAUAAUGGGACCAACAAUAGGAGGUAACCAGGGACUACCUGGAGUACCUGCACCCCGUGGAGAAAAAGGUGAUGGCCACAAAGGCGAAGCUGGACCUCCAGGACCAGCACACCCCCCAGGACCAGCAGGCCCAAAAGGCUUGGGAGAUCCUGGACCAAAGGGAGACCAUGGAAUAAGAGGCUAUCCUGGGGCCCUGGGGACAAGGGGGAUUGGAGUGGUUGGUCCCAAGGGUAUUAUGGGACAGAAAGGCUUGCCUGGUCCACCUGGCCCUGCUGGUGCCAGCGUACAAGGAAGCAAGGGAGAAAAAGGAAAUCAAGGUUUUCUUGGAGAAAAGGGAUCAAUAGGAAUUGGCCUUCCUGGACCAAAGGGAGACUAUGGAGACAAAGGUGAUCCAGGGAGCAAAGGUGCCAAAGGAGAGAUUGGAGACACAGGACCUCCAGGACCAAAGUUAAUCUGGGGAAGAAAAGGUGAACCAGGUCUUUCGAGAGAAGAAGUUAUCAGACUUAUCAAUGAAAUAUGUGCUAAUGGUUGUGGAAUCAGGUGUAGAUUGGAACUAGUAUUUGUUACUGACGGUUCUGAAAGUGUUGGACCAGAAAACUUCAUUAUUAUAAAUACUUUCAUGAAAACAGUCAUUGACAAGGUAUCAUCCAACCAUGUUACAACCCGCAUCAGCAUCAUCAACUUCAGCCAUAAAGUGGAGCUGGUGUUUUCUCUGAAGCAAUACACAUCCAAGGAAUCCCUGAAAUUAGCUGUUGAUAACAUGCCCUACUUCAGAGAAGGCAAGUACAAAGCUUCGGCUAUCCGAGAAACCAUUUGGUUUUUUCAGGCAGCAUGCCCAGCAGUAAGGAAAGUAGCUGUUGUCAUAACAGAUAGGCAAGUGGAGAGUCAUGAAGAUGUACAACUAGACACUGUAGUAAGAAAGGCACAUGUUGCAAAUAUUGAGAUAUUUGUCAUUGGGAUCAUUCAAAGGACUAAAUCUUAUUAUGACAAGUUUCGGAAAGGAAUGCAGCACAUUGAUGAACAUGUUUACCCGAUAGAUGACUUCAUGACACUUUCAGCUCUUGAAAAUAAACUGAUCACAAAAAUAUGUGAGAAUAUGUCUGAAUUCUACACCAGAAAAGAUAAUGGUUUAUCUCCAGCUCCAAGUCCAGAAUCUGAAAUUGCUAGUAAAGAUAAUAAUAACCAGUUACCUACAAGUACUACAUCAGAGACUUAUGUGCUCCCUAAGGAAGGAAUCAGUUACCCACUUAGACCACCACAGACCAGAUACACUGAGCCACUGCCAACUGCUCAGGAUCACACUGUGACCACCUCUGCCCACAGAGAAUCAAGAUUUCCCUCGCUUUAUGACAUACAUGAAAACAGACCUCAGAGUUCAGCUGUUAAUCCUUUGUUCAAUGCAACUGCUGCUGAAGAUCACCACCUAAUUGUGCUGCAAACACAGGUAGGAACAACCCAAAAAGAUCCAAGGUGCUUGGUACCUAUGAAACCAGGGGAUUGUCAGGACUACAUGGUGAAAUGGUGUUACAACAAGAAUGGCAAUUCUUGUGGCCAGUUCUGGUACAGAGGUUGUAAUGGUUCCAGCAAUAGAUUUGAAACAGAAAGAGAAUGUCAAGCAACCUGCUUUGAUUGAUGCACAGGUAAAUUGUCUCCAUCAAGUUAUCUUUCAAUCAUCUCAUUUUCAGGCUAAAAAGAUUUAGUCUAUUUAAAUGUAUCUCAUACUAUACGUACAUAUCAUAGAAUCAUAGAAUACCAGGAUCAAGGAUUAUCUGGUACAACCUUUCUAGGCAAAAUGGGUAUGA